AUGGUCUUACAACAUCCUAGCGGCGUCUCUCUAACAGACGCCUUGCCUUCGGACAAAGCUGGAUCAUCUAGAUCCGAGAGAAGCGCGGGUGUGAAUGAGGCAUCAAUGUAUAGGAACAACUUCGCCCAGGGGACGGUUCCAGAUACGUUUAAAUCUAUACCGAGGCAGGAGCAAGAAGUCCCAAGUGAAACCAGCUUCUCAUCCUUUCUCAACAGCACAAGUAUUUUAGGAGAAGCGGAGCCUAGCGGCAUCAAGAUCGGGAGGUACGGGCAGAUACACGAACCUGCACUUGGGGGGACACAGCAAACUAGACCAAUAAUCAACACAACCGAUGGCAUGGAAGUUGUUGAUUUUCUCGAUUUAGGAUACGACAAAGUUGAGGAAAUAGAUAUGACCUUGACGGACACCGAACAAGCAACUCUACGUCAUCGUCUUUUUGAGAACGGCGAACCCGGUGAACAUGUUUCAAGGGGGCGGUGGGACGAUACUUUGAAUUUCUUUCCUGGUCUUGGGUCGAAUAGUAGCAUACAGGAAUAUGCUGACUUAUUAGGCACACCAGAUCUGGAAGAAGCUAAGAAUAUCUGGGUUAACCAGUGGCAAGGGGUCCUCUCUAGUUAUACGGACGAAGUAUGGGGAGAGCUCGGGUCUCUCGUAAGGGUGGCUCGAGAGGAGCUUACUAACAUUUCGGAGCCUCAUGAAGAAGCCUCUCCUUUGAAGUUAAAAUCAGUGCGAAGGCUUCAGCAGCUUUUGAGUCAUAUCCGCGGGACACGGAGUACCGAAAGCUCAUGA